UUUCCUCUUCACCUUCAGAGAUCUGAUCAUGGCAGACACAGACACUGUUCAUCCUGAGAGACUUCCUUCUUUCUUCUCCCUUUCUAAGGGAAGGAAGCUCAUGAAUUAUGGCCGGCCAUGCUCUUGAUAUGCUCUUCUGAAUAAAGGCCUUGUAGCCGUUUGUGAAAAAGCCUCACAGAAAAGAGAAAAAAAAUAAGAGGGAGUGAUGGAGACGACGAUGUCUAUUUCUUGGUUUUUAUCCAUAAUGCAAAGCAGGCUUCCUUCUGCUGCGUUGCUUGCGACAAACCUUUCUUUUACUGCCGAUCUGCAAUCGUUGACAUGGGUUUUCUCCGCAGAGACCAUAACACAAUUGCGCUUCGCGAUCGGCAUGAUCGGCAAUGCCGCUUCUUUACUUCUCUAUGCGGCUCCUAUAUUAACUUUUAGGAGGGUUAUUCAAAAGAGAACUACAGGAGAGUUCUCUUGCAUCCCCUAUAUUACUGCUUUAUUGAACUGUUUGAUUUAUGUGUGGUAUGGGUUGCCUUUGGUGAGCAAUGGCUGGGAAAAUCUUCCCUUAGUCACCAUCAACUGUGUGGGGAUCCUGCUGGAAUUAUCUUUCAUCUUCAUCUAUCUCUGGUUUGCUUCAACAAAAUCAAGGAAACUGGUUUCAUUGAUACUACUACCUGCAGUCAUUGCGUUUUGCGUCAGUGUGGUAGUCUUGUCAAUUACAUUACAGGAUCGACAUCUUCGAAAAGCCAUGGUUGGAAGUAUUGGAUUAGUUGUCUGUAUUGGAAUGUACACUUCUCCUCUUGUUGUGGUGAAGCAAGUGAUAGAGACGAAGAGUGUGGAAUUCAUGCCUUUCUACUUAUCUCUCUUCUCAUUCCUCACCAGUUUACUUUGGAUGAUUUAUGGGAUACUGAGUUGGGAUAUUCUUCUCACGGCUCCAAAUCUGCUGGCUUGCCCUGUAGGUCUCCUUCAGCUUGUGCUAUACUUCAUGUAUAGGAAAAAUCAGCAGGGAGUACCUGAAGGACCAUACAAGUUGGAUUUAGAACACGGUGGAGCAGAUUUAGAAGCUCAGCAGCCAUUGCUCAUUGAUUGUAGGAAUGAAAAGAAAUGAAAAUUUGUAGAUGAGGGUCUUGGGGUCUGUUCAUGGAGGAUUGGUUGCUUUUGUUAUUCAUUCUAUGGAAUAAAUUAGUGUUAUUCGA